GACGGAGGGAGGCCGGGAGGAGGAGGAGGAGCUGCCCCCGCUGUACAGGGAGAGAACCGGAGAGACCCGCGGGGGGAAUCCAGCACGAUGAUCAAACUGUUCUCCUUGAAGCAGCAGAAGAAGGAGGAGGAAUCCGCCGGCGGCACCAAAGGCACCAGCAAGAAGGCCUCGGCCGCCCAGCUCCGGAUCCAGAAAGAUAUCAAUGAGCUGAACUUGCCGAAGACGUGCGAAAUAGAGUUCUCCGACCAUGACGACCUUCUUAAUUUCAAGCUAGUCAUCUGUCCUGAUGAGGGCUUUUAUAAGGGUGGCAAAUUUGUCUUCAGUUUUAAGGUGGGACAAGGCUACCCUCAUGAUCCACCGAAAGUGAAGUGUGAGACAAUGGUAUAUCAUCCAAAUAUAGAUCUAGAGGGUAAUGUCUGCCUAAAUAUUCUAAGGGAGGACUGGAAGCCUGUACUCACAAUAAAUUCAAUAAUAUAUGGCCUGCAGUAUCUCUUCUUGGAGCCAAACCCCGAAGACCCAUUAAACAAAGAAGCCGCUGAAGUUCUUCAGAACAACAGACGCCUGUUCGAACAGAAUGUCCAGCGGUCCAUGCGGGGGGGCUACAUAGGAUCCACCUACUUCGAGCGCUGCCUGAAAUAA